AUGGCUACUUUCCUAACAGCUGUUGUUUCAAUCAAACCUACAAUCUUCUCCUUCAAGUCCGAAUCCUUCACCUCAUUACAGACGCAUACCAAUGUAUACUCCCCAAAACCCUUUCCUUCUCUCACCGGAACCAUCUCCAUCUCUCUUCCACGGAGCUCCAGGAUGAGAUUCGUUCCUCAUGCGGUCAUGGAGACAGAAGAAAAAGCCACUCUUGACCCUAAUUUGGAAUCCUCCAGGCGUGUCUACAUCGGAAACAUACCCAGAACUGUAGACAAUGAACAGCUCACUAAACUCGUUGAAGAACACGGUGCUGUUGAAAAAGUCCAGGUGAUGUAUGAUAAGUAUUCAGGACGAAGCCGUCGAUUUGGAUUUGCUACAAUGAAAUCAGUUGAAGAUGCAAAUGCUGUUGUUGAGAAAUUGAAUGGCAAGAGCAUUGAAGGACGUGAGAUUAAGGUUAACAUUACAGAGAAACCAUUAGCAUCAACUCCUGAUUUAUCACUGCUUCAGUCUGAAGAUUCUGCAUUUGUAGAUAGUCCUUACAAAGUCUAUGUAGGAAAUCUAGCUAAGACUGUUACAAAAGAGAUGCUUGAGAAUUUCUUUUCAGAGAAAGGCAAAGUACUAAGUGCUAAGGUUUCGAGGGUACCCGGAACUUCGAAAUCUACGGGGUUUGGAUUCGUAACCUUUUCUUCAGAAGAAGAUGUGGAAGCUGCCGUUUUGGCUCUUAACAACUCUUUGCUGGAAGGACAGAAGAUAAAGUGUCUUCCUUCUUCCUUCUUCUCCGGCUCCAAUCGAACUCCGACCACCAUUUCUUGCUCAACGCCACCGUCUCGUGCGACCGCCGACUUCGCUGCUUCUCCAUCUCCUCUAAUCUCUCGCAGACUUAUCCUUCUCCGUCACGCUCACAGUUCCUGGGACCAUAUAUCCCUCAGAGACCAUGAUCGUCCUCUAACAAAAUCUGGACAAGCCGACGCUGCUAAAGUCGCUCAAAUCCUCUCCACACUUGAUUGGAUUCCGCAACUCAUUCUCUCAAGUGAUGCGACUCGGACUAGGGAGACAUUGAAGUCAAUGCAAGCGCAAGUAGAUGGUUUUAUGGAAGCAAAUGUACAUUUCAUUCCUAGCUUUUACUCCAUUGCUGCUAUGGAUGGCCAAACUGCUGAGCAUCUUCAACAAAUUGUCUCUAAAUAUUCAACCCCUGACAUUACCACUGUCAUGUGUAUGGGGCAUAAUAAAGGUUGGGAAGAAGCAGCUUCCAUGCUCUCUGGAGCUUCUGUUAAGUUGAAAACUUGCAAUGCUGCUUUGCUUCAAGCUUUUGGCAACUCCUGGGAAGAUGCUUUUGCACUAGCGGGACCUGGCGGAUGGAAACUUGAAGGUGUAGUGGCUCCAGAUAGCAGCAUCUGUGUGUAA